GGGGCAGGGCCAGCGAAGCCGGCUGCCGCGUUUGAAAAUGAAUGAUCGUGAGCACAAAUAGUAGACACGUUGCUGCUGCUGAUAGUUGACUAAAUCGAAGAUAAAAGGGAGAGAAAGUGAGCCUUCACAGUAGAAGUCCGAUUCAAACUACAUCUCAGCCAUGCAAUUGACUGCGGGUCCUGCCACAAUGACUGAUGUCGCAGUGAUGAACUCCCCCAUGUCUGGUGACCUCCUGGAGUCAUCGUUGGCUUCAGCCGUCGUCGACACAGCCAACGAGUCCUCAGAGGAAGAGCCCACAGUGGAAAAUGGAGAGGUGUCUGGCCCAAGUGAUGAUGAACUCUGCAGCCCCAUCCCUAUCGCUAACACAGAAGCUGUCAGUAGCCAGCGCCCACAGUCCCUGCCCCUGUCUGCAGCGGCCGAAUUGGGCCUGUGGACAUCGCAGAUUGACGGCGAGGUGAAACUGAGGAUGGAGUCGUCGGGAAUGGCGGCCAGACAGCCUUGCACCAUCCACGACGUCUUCGUCUCCACUGUGAAGAAUUACGGCGACUUCACUGCGUUGGGAUGGAAGGAGGGUGACCAGCAGAAGACCAUGACCUACAGAGAGUAUUACCAGUCGUGCCGCACCGCUGCCAAGAGUUUCCUGAAGCUCGGCUUGGAGCGUUUCCAUGGCGUCUGCAUCUUGGGAUUCAACUCUGCCGAGUGGCUGAUCGCAGAUCUGGGAGCCAUCCUGGCAGGGGGCUUGGGGGUGGGUGUGUACAGCACCAACUCUCCCGAGGCGUGUCACUAUGUGGCGGAGAACUGCAAAGCAAACAUAAUUGUGGUGGAGAAUGACAAGCAACUGCAGAAGAUCCUGGAGGUUGAAGACAGACUACCGCAUCUGAAAGCCAUCAUCCAGUACAAAGAUCAAGUGAAGAAGAAGAGACCCAAUCUGUACUCGUGGGCGGAGUUUAUGGCCCUGGGGCGCGAUGAACCCGACGGCCCUCUGGAUCAAAUUAUCUCCACCUUGAAACCAAACCAGUGCUGCCUGCUCAUCUACACCUCAGGAACCACGGGACAGCCCAAAGGGGUGAUGAUCAGCCAUGAUAAUAUCACAUGGACGUCCUACUGUGUCAGCAAGUACGUUUGUCUGAAAAGUCCCACCGAGUCACAAGAGAGAGUGGUCAGCUACCUGCCUCUCAGCCACAUCGCUGCUCAGCUUGUCGACAUCUGGAUCACCAUGACAACCGGUGCUGCCACCUACUUCGCCAACCCUGACGCCCUCAAGGGGUCCCUGGUGACCACUUUGAAGGAGGUGCGUCCCACCGCCUUCAUGGGCGUUCCUCGCGUCUGGGAGAAGAUGCAGGAGUCUAUGCAGUCGGCUGGGUCCAAGGCUUCCAUCCUGCGCAGGAAGGUGGCCGUGUGGGCCAAAUCUGUGGGCCUGAAGAAGAACAUGAAGGAUUUGGGAGCGACCCGUCUCUCCCAGCGUAGCCCCCUGAGCUACCGGUUGGCGAAGAAGCUGGUAUUCACAAGGGUCCGCGAGGCUCUGGGUUUGGACCGCUGCAGGCUGUGCUACACUGGAGCCGCUCCAAUCACCAAAGACACGCUGGAGUUCUUCCUCAGCCUGAACAUCCCAGUCUACGAGCUGUACGGAAUGAGUGAAUGCACUGGACCUCACACCAUGUCCUACGAGAACAUCCACCGCCUCACCAGCUGCGGCAUGCCCAUAUCCAAGUCCUGCAAGACCAAGCUGAACAACCCAGAUGCAGAUGGCAACGGCGAGGUCUGCUUCUGGGGUCGCCAUGUCUUCAUGGGUUACCUGAACAUGCCCGAAAAGACAGAGGAGGCUCUGGAUGCUGAGGGGUGGCUGCACUCCGGUGACCUUGGCAAACACGACAGGGAUGGAUUUCUGUACAUCACCGGGAGAAUAAAAGAGCUGAUCAUCACAGCUGGAGGGGAGAACAUUCCUCCCGUCCCAAUCGAGGACGAGGUGAAGAAAGCCCUGCCGCUGAUCAGCAACGCCAUGCUGAUCGGAGACAAGAGGAAGUUCCUCGCCAUGCUGCUGACAAUCAAGUGUAAGAUGAACCCAGACACCGGCAGCCCAGAAGACGACCUGACAGACGAAGCAGUGGAGAUCUGCAGGAAGCUGGGCAGCAGUGCCACACGUGUCUCAGACAUCGUAAACAGCAAAGACCCCGCCGUCUACACCGCCCUGCAGAAGGGAAUCGACGAAGUCAACAAGGUGGCCACCUCCAACGCUCAGCGUAUCCAAAAGUGGAUCAUCCUGGAUCACGACUUCUCCAUCGCAGGAGAGGAACUCGGUCCCACCAUGAAGCUGAAGCGUCCCACUGUAACAAAGCUGUACGCUGAGCAGAUCGAGAACAUUUACAAAGAGAUGGCGACUCCAGUGAGCCCGGUGAGUCCUGACAACCCUCUGCCGCCAAAGUAAAUCCUCCAGUGGAGGGCGCCGUGCGCGAUAUCUUGCAGGUCUUACCUGGUCACGUGUUCUUUAUUCUAACAUUUAAACGCCUUAAUUUUCGGACUCGGUUCACCAAUAACAAAAUGAGCUUUAUGACCUAAAGGAUCAAGCAAACAUGACUAUUUGUGUUACUGUGACAAAUGAAGUGACAACAGACUUGUACUGUAAAAUAAGAGAAUCCAAACAUGCUUUAUUUAUUCUUUUGCCAAAGUCUGUCUGUGUACGUGGGCCAAACGAGCUUCAGAUGAAGAAGUGGAGCUGACUGCUCCACAAAAGUUCAGUCUUUGUUGUUGUUGUUAAGGAAAUAAAGGGGUUUGUGUUUUGCAGCCAUUUACUUUUGUUCCCCAUCCUGUUCCUCAUCUUGUUAAAACGUUUUGAAGCCAUAAAUGAAGCUUUUUUUUUUUUUUUUUAUACUAUUGAAUUCUGACACACGUUGUACAUAUGUUGUAUUCCAUCAGCCCGCGUUUGUUUUUCCGUGUUAUGGGAUGAAUGCUACAUAUCUUACUGUCGACAGGAAAGACAUGGGUGAAUUUGAAUCAACAGUGGCGGUCAAGAGAGCUGUUGCUGCACAUAGGAGUUUAACAGGGAGGGCUCCAGCUCAAGUUCAGGGAAGUGGUGUAGUAUUUCAUGCUGUUUGCAGUGAAGGAAAUUGCACUAAUGAUUUAAGAUUCCCUGGAAAUCACUGUAAUGUCACUCUAUCUGGUUACAAAAUGUUGGUGAUGGAAGGAACAAGAUGAAUGUUUGAUAAAAUCUGGAUUAAACUUUUGAAAACCUC